UCCAGGGAAAUAUUGGGAUACACAACUCCCAAAACAUUCACACAAGUCUCAAUGUAAAUAUAAACUUUAUACUGUGCAUUAACAACAUGGGAAAUAAGUCAUAUAAACAAACAUUUAAGGUCAGGAAAUUGCUGUGUUUUCUUGGAACAGUUAACAUUCCCCUCAUGUUUGUAGGUGUAUUUUUUUACACCUUGCAAUUGCCUUGCAAUUUUCAUUUUUUAUGUAAUUCUAAGACACUCUCAACAGUGAAAUUAGAGUUGCCUAAUAGAAAAGAGGAGAUUUUUAGCCUUAUUCUUCAGAAAAUCAGAUGUUCAGAACCAUAAAGCAGUUUUGAAGUAAAUAGUGAAGUUCUAAGGGUCUGGUUGUGAUUAUGAUUGUGAACAAUAAACCCAUCUUGUUAACCUAGGGACUAAACUAAUGACAUUUCUUAUAAUGCACCCCUGGCUAAUUCUGUUCCAUUUCUUUUCCUAGGGGCAUUUAUGAUUCCUUACUUUACCAUGCUGUUUUUGUGUGGUGUUCCACUGCUGUUCAUGGAGUUUUCCAUUGGGCAGUAUACACGCCUGGGGCCAGUACAUGCCUUAGCAAAAGUCUGCCCCCUACUGAAAGUUUUUUUUAUCUCCUCUGAGACAGAGAUAGUCUACCCGAUCAAAACUUUUGGGUCCGUCACUUGAUUUAACACUCGUUUGAGCUUGAUUAAGGCUCAGUGCUAAGCGAGGGACUGAAGCAGGUGUAGGACUGUCUACAGUUGUCAUCUCCUUUGUGCUCUGCACCUACUACAAUGUUCUCAUGGCCUGGGCCCUCUAUUACCUCUUCAACUCCUUCCAGUCCCCUCUGCCUUGGCAGACUUGUAACAAUACUUGGAACAUUCAGGAGAAUUGCUCCUGUGGCUUUCCAGGGAAUGCUACCCAUCUCCAGUCUGCCAGCCAGCAGUUCUUUGAUUACAGGCUACUGGAGAAGACUGGGGGCAUUGAGAAGCCAGGGAACAUGCGCUGGGAGCUGUUUGGCAUCCUCCUUCUGGCCUGGGCCAUAGUUUACCUGUGCAUCUUCAAAGGGGUCAAAUCCACCGGGAAGGUGGUGUACUUCACUGUCACGUUCCCUUAUGUCAUACUCUUGGCCUUACUCAUCAACAACGUGCAGCUGCCUGGAGCCAAGACUGGAAUCCUGUACUUUGUCACUCCUGUCUGGAGCAAGCUGCUGGAAGUUCAGGUGUGGGUGAAUGCUGCAGCUCAGAUCUUCAACUCCAUUGGCAUUGGCUACGGUUCAAUGAUAUCCUUGGCAAGCUACAACAAAUUUAACAACAACAUUCUCAGGGACACGUUAAUUGUCUCAAUGGCCAAUUCUGCUACCAGUAUCUUUGCUGGGUUUGUGGUUUUUUCAGCUAUCGGCUACAUGGCUCAUGUACACAACCUGCCUGUGGACGACAUAGCCACAGAUGGCCCUGGCUUAGUGUUUGUUGUGUAUCCAGAGAUCCUCUCCACCAUGCCUGUGGCUCAGCUGUGGGCCUGUCUGUUUUUUCUCAUGCUGCUCUGCCUGGGUCUGGACAGCCAGUUUGGGAUGGUGGAAGUCAUCGUGACAUGCAUUAUGGAUGGUUUUGGCCUGAAGCUUCUCAAAUACUUGAAAAGAAAGGAAAUUGUUGUAUUAGCAGUGUGUGCUGUUGGCUUCAUUGUUGGAAUUCCUAAUAUUACUCAGGGAGGAAUAUUCGUCUUCCAGCUGAUGGAUCACUACACUGCUGUGGUGUCACUCAUGUUCAUGGCUUUCUUUGAGGUGGUGGCCGUGUGCUGGGUCUUCGGAGCAGGAAGAAUUUCCAAGAUGGUGACAAGAAUGAUAGGCAGGCCUCCCAGUGUCUUCUUCAAGGUGUGCUGGCUGGUGUUCUCUCCCUUGCUGGUCAUGUGUAUUUUUAUCUCCAGUGUUGUCCAGUACACUCCAGCUCGCUAUGGGAAGACCUACACCUACCCCGUGUGGGCUGAAGUUCUGGGCUGGUUUAUUUCUCUAAUCUCCAUUGUGUGGAUUCCGCUUGGAGCUUUGCACACAAUCUAUUACAGCGAGGGAACACUCCUACAGCGGCUGAAGACGUCAUUGUUACCACGUGAUGAACUGGCCACAGUGGACGACCUGUCUGGAGAAAGCCAACCCAGUUCCACUCAGUCACUCUCUCUUUCCAAGAUUCCUGAAAAAGCUUCCCUCACUGGGCAAAAUACACCCUUUAAUCAGCAUGAAAGGGACAAGCAUGAUUUCGCCUUAUGAUUAUGAAGGGUUCACUUCUGAAAACAAUAUGACAGGCUGCUUCAAGCAAGCAUAGCAUUCAAAACCUGCUACUCAUUUCCUGAAGAUUUAAUUAUUUGAAAAGCUUUUACCUUGAAUAAAGUUUUGGAAUAUAGACAUUGACCAAAUCCGGUCAGAAAGUUGGUUAAAUCAUCACUUGAAAAUUAUACAUUUAAUACAAUGUUCAGAUAUUUGAACUUCGUGACUGAAACCAAAGCAUCAAAUUCUAUAAAGAAGAAAGGAUAUGUUGUCAUGACUAUUUAAUGACCACACUAUGUAAAAACAGUGAGUUAUUAUUGUAAAAUGAUAUUUUUGUUUCAGAAUCUAUGUACAGGAUUGAAACAUUUUUGGAGACAUAACCCAUAUACUGCAGUGAUUCCAUUUUCCGACAGUGAUUUUGAACACCUGGAACUCUGCAGUAGUUACAGAGUUUCUACAUGGUGAAUCUGGAGAUGCACGAUCUUGUAUGAUCUUCUGUGCAAGUUUCAAAAGUAAAGAAAUAAAAGAGGAACUAGUCAGGCUGACAGGGAGACAACUACAUUUCAAUUUUACAUUCUAAAUGAUUAUCAUUUACUAGUCCAUACUGUGUUUAGUUAUCAUCAGAUUAGUUUCUACUCUCUGCUUUAUAAUAAGGUUCAAUAAUAAACCAUUUAUUAAUACUUUAUUAAAACUUUGUACAUAAUGAAUACAUAGUAUAUUAACUGUCAGUAGAGUAGUUAUUAAUAUCUACUCAUGUUCUCUUCAUAUAACAUAUGUUGUCAUAUUUAACCACUGUUUAUUUUAGGAUUGAUGUGCUUGAACAUCAAGCCCUCGGCUUUGUUGUCUAAUCUCUGUAACAUUUCACAUACACUCAGUUUUGUCAGUAACACUUAUUUGUAUACAUAUUUACCACUAUGAUAUCAACCAUUAAUCAACUGUGAGUUUGUGUUUCUUAUUGAACCUUAUUAUCAAGUGUCCACAUUUGAUACUUUCAUAUUAAAUGUUCAGAUAGUACUACAUAAUAUGCUUUGGUUGUUCAGAUGUUUUGUGUGUUGUAAUUUACAUUGGGAGUUUGGAUAUUUUGUGUGGGUUUUCAGUUGGUGCUUUGUCCUCCCACCUACUUACUGUACCACAGACACGCUGGCCAGUUGUUAGUUAAUACUAAACUGUGCCUGUGUUUGUGGAGUGUACUUGCAUCCCAUCCAGGAUGUAUUUCCACCUUGUUCUGGGGAAAGUCCCUGUAUUCCUGUGACCCUUUCUAGUAACAAGCUGUUUUCUGAUAAUGGCUUGAUAUUACUCCUCUUAUAUUCUGCAUUUCAUUGUUGUAGUAGACUGUUGCAGUGUUCGUAUAACUCUGGGGCUUCCAGUGUCCAAUGUUGUUAGUUUUUUUGGAAGAAUUCAGCGCUCAUUGAUAUUUGUCCAUAGCGCACUACCAGGUGUUCCAGACAGAAACAUCUUACUCAUCAUACAUCAAACAUUAAAAUGAAGGUGUCUGCAGAUCAAAGGUGAGCUGUGGAAGGGACAAGCUAGAAUAAACCUGUGAACUAAAUUGCUGUGGUCAAACGAAUAUGCAGUUGGAAAAGAUUAGGAGAGACAGUAUAAGGUAAUACGUUUUAAGUGUCACAUUUGCCUGAAAGCCUUGUUAUAUCCCAGCAUUAAGUAGGAAACAGUGGAAGAAGAGGUCAUUAAUAAGUGCAGCAUGUUUUAGGUGUUUAUCUUUAAAUUGAUCUCCUCUAGACAGUGUUGUAUUCUUUAAUUUAACACAGAAAAACAAGACGUAAGUUCAUGAGAAUGACUAUUUUAGCAAUGCUGAAAAGAAUCCUAUAGAUUAAUAUUAUGGAUAAUAAAGUUUAAUAUGAUCUUACAGAAUAGUACAGUUUUACGUGGCCACAGCUACCAUUAUGUUGACUGUGGCAAGCAAUAGCUUUGAACUUUAUAAAGACAGAAUAGCUUUAAGCUUUUUUCUUCAAGAGCAAAAGUAGCUCUGAACCACCAUGAAUUAGUAUUUAGUCUUGGCAAAGUUUGUUUGAAACUCAUAUUUCACACCUACACUGAAAUGUUAGAUGGCAAAUAUUCAAAAUAGUCCAACUAUUUUUAAUCUCCUUUUGCCCUUCAGUUAGCUAUAUUUAAUAUUCAGAUCUGUAAUCGUUUUCUAAUCUGUUUUUUCCAUUCCAAUAAUAAAAUAGUUUUAUUGAAACUGGAAUAAAAUAAAUACCUUUAUUGAAAUAUA